AUGGGGGCCCCCGCCCCCGUUCUCCUGCCGCUGUUGCUGCUGCUGCUGCUGCCGAGUACGGCGCUUGCCACUCACUUAGCCCGGGACCCCUCCCGCUGCUCUACAGCAGCAGCAGCAGCAGCAGCAAGGGAACAACCUCCUUCGACCCCCCCCAAAGACGCCCUACCGGCAGCAGCAGCAGCAGCAGCCAACAAGACGGCAAGCAGCAGGCUGCUGCAGACGCGACGCGGCAGCGCCGAUAGCAGCAGCAGCAGCAGCAACAGCAGCAACAGCAAGGUUAAGGUGACUGUGGUGACAGCCACGGGAGUAGCAAGCCUCGAUAGACGAUGGGAGCUGCUGCUGCCUGCUGCUGCUGCAGUCAAGCACGUGCGUCCCCCCCCCCCCCCGCCGCUGCUGCUGCUGCGGCUGUUGCACAAGGGCCGCUUGCUGUCCGCUGAGGAGACACUGCAGGAGCUGCUGCAGCAGGACCUGCCAGCAGCAGCAGCAGCAACAUCAGCAGCAAGUCCUGCUGCUGCUGCUUCGACAACGCAGCAGUCCCUCACCCUUAUAUGGGACACACCAGUGCCUCCUGCAGCAGAAGGGGACUCACCCUCCCCAAGUGCUGCUGCCAGCAGCAGCAGCAGCAGCAGCAGCAGCAGCAAAUGCUGCACCGAUGCCCAGGACAUUGCGGCUUACAUGGCAGCAGGCGACACCGCAGGGCGCAUUGCUGCGCUGCUGCAGCGCGAAGCUGACAGCCUAGCAGCAGCAGCAGCAGCAGCAACAGCAAACUCCGGGCACAGUGGUGCAGCAGUGGGACCCGAGCAGCCGUCCCGCACUGCUACUGCUGCUGCUGCUGCUGCUGCUGCUGCUGUUGAUCGAGCUGCCUUCGGGGGCUCUGACGUUCCGCUGCAGAGCAGCGAAGAGUUGAAAACACUGCAGCAAGCCCUCGAGCCACAGCAGCAGCAGCAGCAGCAGCAGCAGCAGGAAGAGGAGGAAGUUGAGUAUUUCCCUGCCCCCCCGGGGACUCUGAAGGAGUACCUGCAGCAGCAGCUGCUGCUGCAGGUGCAGAUACACCCGAAACGCCUGCUGCAGGUGGCAGCAGGGUCGCUGCUGCUGCAGCAGCUAAUGGCGAACACAGCAACAGCAGCACAGACGCAGCAGCAGCAGCAGCAGCAGCGAGUGCGCGAGCUGCUGAUGCUUUCUGCUGCGCCCGCGCUGCUGCUGCUGCGCCUCAGACCUUUGCUGCUGCUGCAGCACUUCGCGUGGCAGCUGCUACCCAAGGGCCGAGGCUGGAAGGUGCUGCGGCUCCUGCUGCCUCCUGCUGCUGCAGCAAUGCUUGAGGACCAGCAGCCGCUGCCGCUGCAGCAGCAGGUGCAGCAGCAGCAGCAGCAGCAAGAACAACAACGCAAGCAGCAACAGCAACUGCACACGCAGCAGUUGCUGCUUCAGGGGCAGAUGCAGCAGCAGCAGCAAGGUGACACCUCGCAACACUGA